AUGACCAGAGCAAGAGUUGAGUUUGUAUUUGGGAAACUAGCCAACAUUAGAUUACAGUCUAAUUUGCUAGGAAGAAUCAAGACAGCCCAACAAAGUGAUCCAGUGUUACAAGAGUAUAAAGAAAAAUUUAUUGUUGGAUCAACAAAGGAUUUCUCAAUUUCAUCAAAUGGCUUAUUGCAGUAUAAAGACAGGGUUUGUGUUCCAGCCGACGAUAAUAUCAAACAGGAAAUUCUGGAUGAGUCUCAUACCAUGCCAUAUUCAUUACACCCGGGAACAACCAAGAUGUAUCAAGAUGUGAAAGCAGCGUACUGGUGGCCAGACUUUGAAGGUUCCUGGAACAAGUACCUUCCUCUGACUGAGUUUUCAUAUAACAAUAAUUAUCAAAGUACUAUUGGUAUGGCACCGUAUGAAAUGCUAUAUGGAAGGAAGUGUCGUUCGCCCAUUCAUUGGGAUGAAGUCAGUGAACGGAGAUACCUUGGACCCGACGCAUUCCAAAGAACUAGUGAGACCAUUGAGAAGAUUCGAGCUCGUAUGCUUACCUCAUAA